GCAAAAGCCCCGCCCCUUCUGCACUAGCUCCUCCCCUCCAUGGCUGCGCUCAGAACGUUCGGCCCGGUUCUGGGCAGGAGACUCGUGGCGGUGUACCCGAAGCCUGUGUUCGCCCUUCUGCAGCCCCAGCGAGGCCACCGCCUCACUCCUUCCGACGAUGAGCUCUACCAGAAGACGACCAUCCGGCACCUGGAAAAGGAGUCCCCAGACAUCAUGUUCGUGGAAAGUUACACCAGCCGCGGCUUCAGCAUCAGCGGGAACAAGAUAGUGGGGCCUUGUGCCGUCUUGCCCCGAGCCAUCCUUCAGUGGAACGUUGGAACACAUUCAGACAUCACUGCGGAGAGCCUGGCCCUCUUCCGCCUGCUGGAGCCCCGGCUAGAAAUCCUGGUGCUGGGAACGGGAGAAAAGGUGCAGAGGCUGGACCCUGCUGUUUUGAAAUUAAUGCGCCAAUGUGGGAUCGCUGUGGAAGUGCAAGAUACGCCCAAUGCCUGCGCAACCUUCAAUUUCCUGACCAGUGAGCGGCGUCUGGCAGCAGCUGGACUUAUCCCUCCUCCUGCUACAACCGGUGCCUGAGGGAAAGGUGAAAGAUGCAGAAAAUCCCUGGCAGGUGACAGAGAGAGAAGCUCCAUUAGCUUUCCUGCCAGAUUCUUCUCUGCUUCGUGUGGUGGUCCCUUGCUUGGAAGCAAAGCAGGCCAAAGCAUGGAUUUCUGCCAUGUGUGAUCACCGAUAACAGAACUCAGAAUAGUGGAGAUUUGGGAUAUCCUUGGAAAAAAAAGUACACCCUAGCAAUGUGUGUUAUUUGCAAUGUUUUAGAGCUGUUUGUACAAAGGGGGCAGAUUCUUGCUUUUCAGAAGAGGCUGGUAUUGUGUUUCGAUUUGCGGAAGGAGAUUUGAUCCAAACUUAAUAAAAAGGCAUUUUAAGCCACGUGGCUUAUAUCUUGA